AUGCCUUACCUGCAUCAGUCUCUGAGGCCCCAGCCACACCCAGUGCCCAAGGAUGCCCGGACUAUCCACUCCUCAGGUCAGACUUUUGAGGAGCUGAGGCAGGACUGCCUAGAGUCCAGCAUCUUGUUUGAGGAUGCCGACUUCCCUGCCAGCAACAGCUCCCUGUUCUACAGUGAGAGGCCCCAGGUCCCCUUUGUGUGGAAACGACCAGGGCUUCGUGACCUCCACUCUGCAGGAGACUGCUGGCUCCUGGCGGCCAUUGCCUCCCUCACCCUCAAUCAGAAAGCACUGGCCAGGGUGGUUCCCCAGGACCAAGGCUUUGGCUCUGGCUAUGCUGGGAUAUUUCACUUCCAGUUCUGGCAGCACAGUGAGUGGCUGGAUGUCGUGAUCGAUGACCGCCUGCCCACCUUCAGGGACCGCCUGGUCUUCCUCCACUCUGCUGACCACAAUGAGUUCUGGAGCGCACUGCUGGAGAAAGCCUAUGCCAAGCUUAAUGGAAGUUACGAGGCACUGAAGGGAGGCAGCACCAUGGAAGCCAUGGAAGACUUCACUGGGGGUGUGGCCGAGACCUUCCAAAUCCGAGAAGCGCCAGAGGACUUCUAUGAUAUUCUGGAGAAGGCCUUGAGGCGGGGUUCCUUGCUGGGAUGCUCCAUAGAUAUCCUGAAUGCCUCCGAUUCUGAAGCCCGCACACCUUUUGGUCUCAUUAAGGGCCAUGCCUACACUGUGACUGGGCUCGACCAGGUUAAUUUCCAAGGCCAGAAAACUAAGCUCAUCAGAGUCCGAAAUCCUUGGGGCCAGGUGGAGUGGACGGGACGGUGGAGUGACAGCUCUCUCGAGUGGCACUCUGUGAACCUGGAGGAACAGAAGCGCCUGGCUCACUCUGCUCUUGAUGACGGGGAGUUUUGGAUGGAAUUCGAGGACUUCAAGGUCCAUUUUGACAAAGUGGAGAUCUGCAACCUCACACCUGAUGCCCUGGAGGACAAUGCCCUCCAUAGGUGGGAGGUGACCAUCCACCAAGGAAGCUGGGUUCGUGGCUCCACAGCUGGUGGCUGCCGCAACUUCCUGGACACCUUCUGGACCAACCCACAGAUAAAGCUGUCCCUGACUGAGAAAGAUGAGGGCCAGGAUGGCUGCACUUUUCUAGCAGCCUUGAUGCAGAAAGACCGCAGGAAGCUCAAGAGGUUUGGUGCCAACAUGCUGACCAUUGGCUAUGCCAUUUACCAGUGCCCAGACAAGGACCAGGACAAGGAUGGACACCUGAGUAGAGACUUUUUCAGGUACCAUGCCUCCCUGGCACGAAGCAAGACAUUCAUCAACUUGAGAGAAGUCUCAGACCGAUUUCAGCUGCCCCCGGGAGACUACGUCCUCAUUCCCAGCACCUUUGAGCCACACCAGGAGGCUGACUUCUGCCUGAGAAUCUUCUCUGAGAAGAGAGCAGUUACUCGGGACCUGGAUGAGAACACAGACAUUGAUCUCCCUGAGCCCUCAAAGCCAACUCCACAGGAGGAGGAAACGGAGCAGGAGCAACAGUUCCGGGCCCUGUUCAAGCGAAUCGCUGGCGAGGACAUGGAGGUGACAGCUGAGGAGCUUGAGUAUGUUUUAAAUGCUGUUCUGCAAAAGAAAACAGCCCUCAAGUUCAAGAAGCUGAGUCUGCUGUCCUGCAGAAACAUCAUCUCGCUGAUGGACACAAGUGGCAAUGGGAAGUUGGAGUUUGAAGAGUUCCGGGUAUUCUGGGACAAGCUGAAGCACUGGAUGAGCCUGUUUCUCCAGUUCGAUGUGGACAAAUCUGGAACCAUGUCUUCCUAUGAGCUGCGGACGGCACUGAAAGCUGCAGGCUUCCAGCUGAGUAGCCAUCUCCUGCAGCUGAUCAUCCUCAGAUAUGCAGAUGAGAGCCUCCAGCUGGACUUUGAUGACUACCUCAACUGCAUGGUGCGGCUGGAGAAUGCAAGCCGGGUGUUCCAGUUUCUCAGUAUGAAGAAUAAGGACAUCAUCCAUCUCAACAUAAAUGAGUUCAUCAUCUUGACCAUGAACAUCUGAGGCUGCACCAACGAGAUGCUGUCUGAUACUCAGCUGCUGGACCAGGAGACUCAGAAUUUGGCCCUCUGCUCACUCCCUGCCUCAUAGCACCCUCCUCCCUUCUCCACCAUGAUA